AUGACUGGUUGGUUAAGCGAGGAUAGGUCUGCCAAAGCCAAAAAUAACCCCUUUGGGGAGGAUUACGGUGAAGGAUUUUACCCGUACUUAUUCCCCCCUGAAUCCGGUCCAUACAUUGUCAUUGUUACGGCAACAACGGUGAAGGAAUUCAGAGGUGAAAUUACUUUUGUCACCACAGCAGCAACCAAAACGUAUGUGAAUCUUCAAAUGGACCACAUCACCUCAUUGAAUCAAAAGUUUGCAACCAAACCCGUUCACAUACAAACAAUUGACAGUGGUAAUGGAAGUAACAUACCUAUUGCGGAGGCAAUGUUCCAGAAUCAGAUGACUAUUACUGAGUUGUUGGAUUCGGACUGGAGUUAUGACAUAGAGGAAUUUUUUGUUACAUUGCGUGCUCAGAUAAGUCAAAUAGAUACCUACUUUGGUUGGCACUACAUAUCAUGCAACUUAUGCAACAAAAAAAUAGAACCUAAAGAUGGCGUCUACACCUGCAAUAAGUGCGGAAAAGAAUGUGACUUCCCGUACAAGAUACACAUUAAGGUAAAAGACAACGGAGGGAAGACAACUUUGGUUCUUUUCAAUGGGGUUGCGGAAAAGUUGCUCGAUACCUCGGCUUCUAAGUUGGUAAAUCGAAUGUCCAAAGGUGAUACGCAUGUUCCAUCGCUAAUUGAGAGCCGCUGCGGCAAGGAUUUUGUAUUCAAGCUUAAAUUGACCAACUUCAAUUUUAAAGAGGGGCUGGAAAAUUAUACGGUUACAAAAGUGUUUGUGCCAGAUGAAGAAUUGGAAUUGCAACACCGCAUUAACAAAGAAAAAAAGGAAAAACUCAAAAUGGAAGCGAUGCAGAACUCACAUGUGCAAAAGGCAGGAGGUUCUCACACAAACAACUCAGAAGAAAAUCUGGACGACGGGGAAGGGACUUCCAAUGGCAACACAAGAGUUUAUGCAAGAAGGCUGAUAAAGAAAAGGAAGCACUUCAUACACCUCGAUGGAGAAAGUGAUGGAGACACCUAA